GAUUAACCAUACAUAAUUUUGCUGCGUGAGAGAGUAACAAGGUGGAAUAGGCUGAUGGCGUUGUCAUUUUGACAGUUCGAGAAAAAGUGGAAAAAGGUCAAUUUUUCAUUGCAGCGGGUAAUAAUGGAUCAACCAACGAAUCUAUAUAAUGUGCGUGUGGAGGUGGACAUAGUGGACCUAUUUGAGUUUGCUCAGGGAAGCAGAAGGAACUGGCUGGAAGGAAACGAAGUAUUCAAAAACAAUCACGUGUUGAUAGCAGGGGUCUCAAAAGUGGUCGAUGACACGUUCCACAUAUUCUGCAGCUGCCUCCGUGGAUCGAAUCCCGCAGAACCACCGAGAGAAAUUUAUAUGGUGACAUCCCAAUACCUAAAAGAUUGGGAGAUGCGGUGCACUUGCCCAGCGGGAAAUUACCGUUGCAAACAUCUGUUUGCAUGUCUUUUAUACAUUCACCAGAUUAAAGACUUGGAGAUGUUGUCGAGCACUGAUAUACGUCAACAAUGGGGCAAAGUGGCAAAAAUACAGGCGGCAAAUUUGUAUGAUCCUGCCCCACUGUCGUCAUUGUGCAACCAGCGCAAGAAAACAAUAUCUGAUGUUAUGUCUGAUGAUCUCGCUACGUCCAUUUUAAAACUUUUUAUAACAGAGCUACCAGACUCUGCCUUAGCUAAGUCGUUAGCAGGUAGGAGUAUACUGGACCAGUCGAAGGAUGGUCCCUCUCCAUCUUCUAAUCAACCUUGCACAUCAUUGGAGUACACAAAUCAACCAAAGUUGCCUGAAUUAAAUCUACACCAGCGAAGCACAGUAACUCACCAAAACGACUUUGACGAAGUACAACAAGCGCAGUCGUUUCUCAGGCCAUUUAUCACUAUACCACAGGUUACUUCCAAAUGUAAGUACUACUACGGACCACUGCGUUCUGACAAGAUGUAUCGAUUCUACGGCUCCAGGGUUUGUGUGUCCCCACAGAAAAGCCUGAUGAUUAGCGCCGAGACACACUGUCAAUCGAACAAUAUUUGGCGACGUGAGAGAAGCAUCCGUAUAACCGCGAGUGGAUGCUAUGACUUAUAUACAUAUUAUGUUAACGACUACGGUAACCGUGACUGGUCUAAGAAGUUGUCCUCGAUCAUCCACCCCAUGGAAAAACGGCUACCAUCUCUUAUGUACGGCAAGGAAAAGGAAAGCAUUGCUUUACGGUGUUAUACGAUGAAGAACCCAGGAAAGACAAUUAUACGAAUGGGUUUCGUGGUACCACCAUCGGCUCCUUUCCUUGGUUGCUCUCCAGAUGCGGUUGUUGUAGAUGACAAUAAAUUAAUCGAAAUAAAAUGCCCCAUCUCUGGCAAGGACAGUACAUUAGAAGUAAUGCUGAAGAAACUGAAAUGGAUUGAUAUUAUCAACAAUAACUAUGAAGUUAAAAAAAAGCAUGCGUACUAUGGUCAGGUACAGUUAGGCAUGUGCCUCACGCGAACUAAAAAGGCAGAAAUUGUUAUUUACAAUUACCACGAAAACGACACUGUUGCAAUUAAUGUUGACUAUGAUAGUCAAUUCAUUCCCGUGCUAAGGGACAUCUAUUUCAACAUAUUUUUACCUAUACUAUGUACGGAUUAGUAUGAAUAAAACAACAAGUUA